UAUGCCUGUGGUGGUAGCCUGCCGCUGCUACGCAUUGGAAAACUUGACUCAUAGAAAAAAAUGGAGGACGACACGGAGUAACUAUUUUUUAUAUCCCCAGUUAUUUACAUUACCACAACGAUUAGUCCUAUCUGCGUAUCAUAAUAUGGAUUUACGGAAAAACGGGAAGAUAUCGAUCAACGUUUUCCUGCGCAAGUGUUUUGUUUUGGCGACGGUGUUGUCCUCGGUGUCGUGUAUAAAGGUGACGGCCCCCUCGGAGGUCAGUGCGGUGUUGGGCGAUGACGUGACGCUGCCGUGCUCCUUCUCCUCCACCAGUAGUGUCACCAGCAGCAUGCUGGUCACCUGGUCCUACACGCCCAACGAUGGCGGAGCACGACAAACCGUGUUUGUCUUCUCGGAGCGGCCAUUUCCCUCCACUCAGGUGCGUUUUAAGGAGCGCCUCAAGUGGCUGGGCAGCCCGUCCAGAGGCGAUGCCAGCAUCCAGCUGCUCAACGCCACCCUGACGGACAACGGCACCUACACCUGCGCCGUCAAGAACCCGCCAGACACCCACGGAAACCCCGCGCCGAUCAAGCUCACCGUCACGCCCAAGAAGGUGACCAUCCGUCUGUCGGAGGUGAUGAUCCUGCUGCUGUUUGUGCUGGUGCCCUCGGCUGUCAUCGCCCUGGGGCUGCUGUGUCGCAUGUUCUGCCCCUGCUGUGCCCCACGGGGAAACCCUGUAGCGGCCCAGGGCUAUCACUCUUCCAUCGAAGUCACAGAGAGAGACGUGUAUGGAUACAAGGCGCCAGUCCAGAAGCAAAAGACUGCAACAUGCUGUGAGAUGUACUUCACGGAUUCAGAGUAUGAGGACGACGAGCCGCACUACCACCACCAGGCCCCCCAUCCUACUCAUCAGCGCAAGGGGGACGCCAUGGAGGAGUCCCAGUGCUAAGCUGUUAAUAUAGGCCCUGGGGCCCACCCUGUAAGGUCCCAGCCCAGCGUCACUGGCCCAGUGAGGGGCCGGUCGGUCGGGGGCUUUUAGGUAACGGAUGCCCACUUCAACAAGUGCAUAAAUAAUAGAGCCUGGAACCUGUGUGUGUGUGUGUGUGUGUGUGUGUGUGUGCGUGCGUGCGUGUGUGUGUGUGUGUGUGUGUGUGUGUGUGUGUGUGUGCGUGCGUGCGUGUGUGUGUGCGCGUGUGUGCGUGUGCGUGUUUGUGUUUGUAUUUGUGUGUGUGUGUGUGUGUGUGUGUGCGCGCGCGCGCGUGUGUGUGUUAGAGAGAGUGAGUGUGUUCGAGUGAGAGAGUUUGUGUGUGUAUGUGUGUUUGUGUGUCUGUGGUGUAUUUAUAAGGGGCCUGGACGGAUGGGCAGUUAGGGGGCAGCACUAAAUAUGUCACCGGUACAUUAGAAAGACUGCCGAGCGGCAUUAAUACUGCAAUCAAUUGGGGAGACCCCCGUGGGAUCGGAUGCUUUCAAAGAAGAUGGACAUGUACACACACACACACACACACACACACACACACACACACACACACACACACACUGUACUUCUCUCCAUUUUAAAUGUUUAUACUCUUUCUCUCUCUCUCUCUCUCUCUCUCUCUCUCUCUCUCUCUCUCUCUCUCUCUCUCUCUCUCUCUCUCUCUCUCUCUCUCUUUCUCUUUCCCAAACACACUUCAAUAAACACAAACACACACAUUGUACAUAUGCACAAUAAUGUUUUGGGUUCAACAAAAUAUCUGUCUGUCUGUCUGUUUGUCUGUGGUUGGUGGAUAGGAUGAGUAAGACUAAUGAGUCAUAAAGGGAGAUAAUGGUCUUAAUUAGAUAUGCUGGCUAGAUAGCAACAACAUGUAAAUAAUUAGCCGUCGUGAGGCCCCGUGUGACUGUGUUUGCUUGACCUGUGUUUCAUAAAUCUAAAUCAGUUUUUUUCGUGCGUGUGUCCCAUUUAUGUCAGUAGCUAGUCGGUGGCUUUCACCUCUGAAAGCGCUCAAAGCAUUCUUUGAGCCAUGUUUUAAUGAACUCUAGUGCUGGCAACACGAUGAUGAGCUUGGUGUCAGCUAGUCUCAUUAAAACGCAGAGACACACACGCGCACACACACACACACACACACACACACACACACACACACACACACACACACACACACACACACACACACACACACACACACACACACACACACACACACACACACAGGGCCGCUGACAGCUUUCACUGGGCCCGGGAAAAAGUCAACUGAAAGGGCUCCCUACCCAGUACAUACAAUGUAAUGGUUCUGGGCCCCCUAUGUCCCUGGGCCCGGGACAACAUACCUCUUUGUCCCCCUCUGUCAGUGGGCCUACACACACACACACACACACACACACACACACACACACACACACACACACACACACACACACACACACACACACAUACAGAACGAAACCAAAAUGUGCCUGAAUUAUGAAUUAUAAUCCAGUAGAUAUUUUAUGUUUUAUAAAAUGUGUUACUUUUGAUACUGAAAUUACCCAUGAACUUUGAUUUUGAAUAUAACAAAAAUGAUGAGAAUUACGUAAGUCAAACUGCUAAUCACUUUCAAGCAUUAUGUUUACCACUAGCGUUUGAUCAAAUCCCCCUAAAACCCUCAAAGGGUCAGAUAAGUCUUCUACUUUUGCAUGUCUGUUUUUUUUAGCUUGUUGGAUUUAGUGUUUUCUAUAUGAAGUACUUUAACGCCCUUUUUAUUUAAAGAGAUAUUGUGAUAUUUAUGUUGUUCCUUUUUUGUGUACGUAGUAUAGCACUUGGAUUGCUUUACAAUAAAUAAACUUCUAAGAUUGUAACAUUAUUGCCUUAGGUCCUCUUUCACAGACCUAAACAAAUAUUCUUCCAUACUUGUUCUGCUUUAGUUUAGUAAACAUUACACACAAUCUUAUGUGAGAACAUCCUGUUAAUAUUAGUAUUCCCUAUGCUGUGUAGCUGAGAGAAUGUUUGAAAAAAAGGCAUAAAGCAUUGCUGUGUUUUAUUGUACAACGAAACAAUUCCAACAUGGGAAAUAAAAAAAGAAAUCA